AUGCGGUUGCUACGCAACCUAGAGCUCCUUCGUGACGUCGAGGCGUUCUAGAACCCAUCUCCGCCACAGUCCCAGCGGAAGACGCUGCUAAGGUUGCUUACGCCUCUGAUUAUUUCUGGUCCUCGGCGGCCCCCGUCCGCGCGUUUUUUACGUCAUCCGAUUGCGACAACCUGGAAGCAACGGUUUUUCGGAAACUAGGUGGCGUUGUGUUCGAGGUGAGGACUACCGGAAGGUAACGAGCAGCGUUGUGUCGCCUUAGAAGCCAGGAACGGGUGGCUAGAGGUGAGGGGCUAAAGAGAAUAGGUGCUGGGCGGGUGGCAAUUGACACCCUUGGGCGUGUUUUCUCCUCCUAGGUUCUUAGCUUUUUAUUGUUUUCUCUUCUCAGCGCCAUGAAGCCGCCCUCCAGGCAGCGUUCAGCCCCUGCUCGCUACAGGACGGCCCCCACGAGCCAGGCUUGGACGGACCCAGAAAAGCGACGCCUUCUUCGGGCCUUGAGAGCUCACGGCCAGGGUCCGCUGCGGCCCGAGCUGUUGAAGAAGUACCUGCCUUCGAGGGAUGAAGAAGAGGUGGGUGGCCACGUGGUGGAGGGCAGGAUUCGAACUUGGCCGGGCUGUGAGCUUCCUAACAACCCCACGAGUUGGCGGACUGAUGGCCAGCAUGCAGGGUUUGGAGACGAGGACUCCAUCUCUGGUCAGCCACGAGAGCUAGGUGGCCUCGGCAGAUAAAUCGUAAGGGACGACUUGGGAGGAUGAAUUGGGAGAGACUCCUUUUUUAAUUCUACUACACAUUCAUACUGGCAAAUCCUAGUUAAAGGGGAGUAAUUGCAAACUUUCUGCCUUGAAGAAAUACUCCAUUUUUAUGUCUUCAGAAAGUAGAAUACUGUCUUUCCCAAAACAUUCCAUGUAUGUCCCCUAAGUUGUGCUGCUCUUGCAGAUCAUGGCAUUUGUGGAGCACCUGAAAGAGCGUGUGGCAAAGGAAGCAGUCAAGGAACAAUAUCAGUAUCGCCAGCGUAAACAGAAGGAUGCUCCUAUUCCAGCACCUAUUGAGGUAUGAGAGUUUUAAAAGUGUAGGUAAUGUGAUAUGGCACAACAUAAGCUAAGGGCUAUUCACACAACUGACACUUCCUUUUUUAUUUUUUUUUAGAUAUGGACAGAGUUAGCUGAGAAAUUGACAGGUCCCCUUGAGGAUGCUAUUGCAACUGCUUUUUCCCAGGUAACCUUUUCCAUGAUCUUAAUAAGAUAGAUAUUGUUCUUGGUGUAGUAAUUUAAGAUAUCUGUAUGUCUCCAUCUGACAAAAUGUCUCUGAAAUACAUGGCUCUGUCCUGGUUCUUUUGGUUCUUUUCUAACUUUGCAGACAGAUUUAAUGCUGGGAAAUGUAUUUGGUUUACUAGAGAAUCCCUGACUGCUUGGCAUACAAAGUCCAUACUUGAUUGUGACUUUUUCUCUACUCAUUAGGUUUGGACAAUUGCAUCUACUGAGCCACUCACCUUGCUCCAUUCCGUGCCUCCAAAAUCAGUGGUGAUAAAGAACUCUCAAUGUUCAUCCCAAAAUCUUCAUAGUGAGAGUAGGAAAUCCAACGAAGAAUCUCAUGAACCAACUGUAUCAUCAGAUGUAGAGGAAAUAGCCCCUACAGAAAACAGUAGGUUCCAUGUGGACUUUGAAAAGAUCUACAAGUACCUUUCUGUGAUCUCACGUGGCUGUAAGGCACCUGAACUCCCACCAGGUGGUAAGUUGGUGUUUGUGUUGGACCAAGAUGAAUUUAAAUAACAGGCAGCUACUAGAAGAAAUGUUUCUGCACUGGAAUGUGACUCCAGGUAACCAAGACAUCUACUACAGCAUGCCUACUGUAUUCUUGGUGCCAGGCAAAAACAUUUCUCCUUAUGGAAGCUGCCUUAUUGAGUUUUAUCUGCAAUCAUUCCAUCCCUUCCUUUUUAUUCUGUUGCUUUUUCUGUAUUGUGCCAUUUUUUCAUCUGCUGUGGAGUUCUAUUUCAGCUGAAGGGCUGGACACUAAAUCUUUAAAAUGCUUCCCAUAAAUGGAGCAUCCCCUAGGACUGGAAACACUAUGUGUCCUGCCAAAAACUGUACUCCUUCUGCCAAAACUUCCAACAUAUUUAGUGCUACUAAAAGCAACAACCACCUUGCUGGGCAUAGUUGGGUAACCUUUGAGGUUACUGUUGUGGAUGAUGGGUGGGAUUUGGGGGACUAAGGAAAACAUUUCAGAAGGGAAUUGCUUGUUUCUUCCCACUCCCCAGUGAAAAUAUGAGUGGCCCAUGAGCGUGGAGACAGGGAGAGUUUUCCUAGGUGAGAGGAAGCAGCAACCUGUCAUAUAAUGUAAAACAGAUAAAAGGUUCUCAUCAGAUUUCCAGUCUUUAAAAUAAAAAUUCUUAUAUAGAAAGUUAUCCUUAACCUCUAAGAUGUAAUUUUUAAAAAUCUAAAAUAGCUUAGGUGUUAAUGUGAGAAAAUUUACUACUUCAUUUGUUACACAUGUUGGAGGCAGGGUGAAGUUUCAGAAUCUGUAACUGGGGAGCAGGAGAUAAAAAAAUCCUACCUAUGUUUCUGCCAAAGUGAGUGUAGCCACUCUCCUCAUACAUUUUGCUUGCUUUCUGCAGAGUCAGCUGUGGUCCUAGAUUUGCUACUGUCACUGCCAGAAGAGCUGGGCUUUCUAGACUUCAAGAAGCUGAAGAGUCACAUGCACAAAUGUUACACAGAGUUGAACACCCACUACACAGGUGAAAGAAGCAGAAUGAAAGAGGGCAACCAGCCUGUAAGCAAUAAUGGGGAGCUAUUUCCACAUGUGCAGCCAGCUACUACUGGCUUACCACAACAGGAGGAGAGUAGUAGUUCUCCUACCACUUCCAAAGAUGAUGCAAGUUCUGCCUCUGCCAUGGACUGGAAGACUCUGGGUAUCUGCCCUUUGAAUCCAUUCUUGUUUCCUUUAGCUAUCCUUGCACGUAAGGAAGAAAGCUUUGACUGAGGGAACUGGAUUCUGUGCUGCCCAGUAAUGAACUAUGUCCUCUCAUAAAUGUGAGGGAAGACUAAACAAGCUUGCUGAGCUUUCCUUAGCCAUGAUCCCCCUCAUCGUAGCAUGGGGGUUAAGCUGUCUGACCUGCUCUUUUACACCUUGGCUCAUGAGUAUACUUGUUUUGUAUUAAUAUUAUAUGUACACUGAAGUCUGGUCUUACUACUCCAUGACAGCUGCUAGAUCUUAUUUGGCCAGUUGCUGUGUAGCAGCUCAGAGAUGGCCUUGAGUGUUAAUCUUGACCUUGGUCUACAGAUCAUUGUGGUUAGUAUAAUAAGUGAUGUUGGAUAUCAUUCCUGAGUCACAGAGUAGUCAAAUUAUUUUGUAAUAACUUUUAAAAAAAAAUAUGGACCUGAAAAAUAUUAGUUGCAAAGCUGUAAUAAUCUCAUAUUACUUGCCAAGUGCCUUUUGCCUUCUACCUGUAACAUGCUCACCAGGGGUUACCUUUAAUACAUUUUGAGGAGCUAUAGAAGCCAUGAAGGCUUUAACUGAAAUAAACUAGGCAAAGUUAACUUAUAACAUGCUUAGGAAUGUUACUGUUAAGCAAUGCUUGGUGAUGCAGUAUAUCUUCUUGGAAGAAAUGCCCCCCCCCCCCAUCUACCACUAACACAAUACUGAACUGUUAUAUAGUGGUAGGCACUGAAGAAUGCAAAGAUGAAGUUACUAUGUUAUGACAUAGAAGCAUAAAUGCUACAGCAGUCUGUGUCAAAACCUAAACCCUGCAUGUAGCAUUAGUACUUCUUUUAUUAAGGAGAUAUUAGCAUGGAUAUACUUAGACUCAUAACAGCUCAUAGCAGUAUUUGCCAUAAACUGGUGGAACUGGGGAAAGAAACAUAACAUAACUAGCACCUUAAGUAAUUAUUACUUCAAACAUAGACUCAAUGCACUUCUCAAAAUCUGAAUUUUAACUGAACCAUGUUAACUUGCGAAGGAGUUUUUAGCUCCUAAAUUGGCAACAUGCAUAUAUAGUUUAACAAAUUAUUACAAUUUAGCAUCUUUGCUUUAUUUUAUUUGAAGAGGCCUCCUGUAGAGAAUGUAAGUAACAGGCAGGUCCUAGAAGACUAGUGUGCCAUCUUUGUAAACUCAGACUCUUGGCAUGUCGUACACCCAUUAUGUGCUGCACUGAGAGCAACAAUUUCGUUCACUUUUAUGUCCUUUAAAAAUAAAGUGCAUUCUUUAUUAUUCAGUGUGUCAAACUCUUGCCAUAGGUACAAUACUGUCAAUGCAGAUGUUUGAAUUAAAAGACUUACUGAAGGCAUGAUAGCAGAACAUCUUACUGCCAUUCUAAUAACAAUUUUUGGUAAAAAUAUGACUUUUAGGUUCAUCUCUUGAACUAUGA